UGCACACUCUCUCUGACAAAUAAAUAAAUAGAAUGAAAGAAAAAUAAAAACUUUCAAACAAAAACAGAGAAUAUCAUUAAAGGAAAGUUUCAAAAGAUCUACUUUGAGCAAAAGGAAAAUGACUCUAGAUACUAGGUAUAUUCUCCUGGGAGGAAGAUCGGGAACUGGGCUGGAGAGAACUCUUUCGCGGGAAAAUCUGCUUACCUCUGAGGUGUCUGGCAUUUACUCCUUUUUCAGAUCUGUCGAUUCUUACUCUCAUGCCAACUCAGUGAUACCUUUUAAGUUAUUCAGAAUAUGUUAUCUGGCAUGUUCGUUGUUUCAUGUGGGCAGGAUUGUUUGGGCAUCUAAACCCCCCACCUGCAGGGGAUCAAAGUCCUCCAACAGAACUCUUUCAGGAAACUCUGCCUGCCCACUCUGUAUGGAGUCCCUGUUAGCUGUCCGCAUGGCGUGCUGUAGCACACAUACCAUAUUUUUACACGUAUUUAUAUGCUCUUUAAAUUAAUUGUCUACUUACCCCAUUAGAUAUCUAGGGGCCAGGUCUGUAUUGUUCUCUAUUUUAUUCCCACACCUUAGCAAGUGCCUGGCACAAAGCACAUACUCGGUAGACAUUUAUUGAAUAAAUGAUUAGAUGAAUAAUUAAUUUUGAGUGAGAAGCCAAUAUUAGGUAUUAAGUCAAGCACAGCUGUGUGUCUCUGCUUCCGGUCCGGCCAUUGGAGGUGCUGCUGCAGGGCUGGUGAAUUCCCACAGAACUAUGCUGUGUAAUGUGAUAGCCAUUAGCUGCAUGUGGCUAUUUAAAUUAUUGAAAUUAAUUAAAAUCACAUAAAAGAAGAAAUUCAAUUCCUUAGUCACACUGGCCACAUUUCAAGUGGCUAGUGGCUAUCCUAUUGGACAGUGCAGACAUAGAACUUUUCCAUUAUCACAGAAAGUUCUAUUGGAAGGGCUGCCAUAGAGUUUGCAAGAAUUCUGAAGUGCUCUUCUCUCUUUCUCUUUCUCUUUUGCUCCUGCUCUCGAUCUUUCUCUCUCUCUCUCUCCCCAUCCCUAAACCAAAAAGACAGGGAUAGUUGUCUUAUUAUUAGUGACUUAAAUGAUGCUUUUGAACAAGAAGAUGCUGGGUACUUUUGGUGACUAGCACCAUCCCACUUUUUUCUUCUAAAUUCCCAAGCUGUUGUUUACUAGUACACUCUUUUAAUCCUAUUUCUACUGAAGCUGACUGUUACUUGGGUGGAAAGCCUAAUUGCUUUCUUUUCUAGGUCCUUAAACCCUUUGCUAAUGUUUCUGUCUGCGAGUUCCCAAAGCCAGGGUUCUAGGAGAGUUUGGCAUGUCUGAGCAGCUGAACCACGAAAUAAUGGAGUAGGUCCGGCGGGGUGUGGGAGCAGGGUAUUCUGUCAAUAAAAGAGCUCCCCUCUCCACACACAUGGCCAGUUAAUUGGCCAUUCUGGGAAAGGAUGGAUGGGGAGGGUAGCUUCUGAGAAUCGCCGGUGACAGUUAAGUGGCCUUUUGUUGACGUCCUCUGCUGAACAACUUUGUUGGAUUUAGUCUGCUUUUCCUCGGCCUCCUGUGGAUUUUCUGUUAGAUUCAUUUACCAUUCAGGCAUCAUCUUUCACUCUCCCCUUCCAAUAUGACUGCUUUGUGUGCUGGCCUCGGCUUUAUUCCCACUCUCCCCAGACCAUAAAGGGGGCUGUGUGGGGCUUCGGCAGCACCGAGGAAUUGACUCUGCUUUCUGUCGAGAACCAUAAUGAUUGCAGUGACCUUGGUGUCUAGCAGAAAAUGCACUACCUGCACCAGCCUAACGGCGACUGGCUGAAGAUAGAGGAAAGGGAGUCUUCCCCGAAUUCCUUCUCAUGCUAUCUAUUUCCUUGGUUCCCCUCUCCGUUCCCUUCUGUCCUCCUUCUCCCUGCUGCAACUGGAGUCCUGACCUAAGAUGCAUCUGUGACUAAGCAUUAAUGCUCUGAAAUAAUAAUACAUUCUAUUUUGCAGGCUUGGCCAAGCCAGUUCACCCAAGUUGUCUCAUCUAAUACCCCCCCAAACCCCUGUGAGGUAGGGAGGGGAGAUAUUAUUAACCCCAUUUUUCUGAUGAGUAAACUGAGACUUAGAGAGAUUAGGGCAGUUGCCCUCAGUCUUUUAGACGGGAAGUGAGCACGCGGCCUCUGUCUCUAAACCCAGUGUUCUUUCCAUGGCGUCCACACCCUUAUGUGUAAGGAGGACAUGGCCCAGGGGAAGUGUGAGUGGAUGGAAAGGUAGAAGGAGAGCAAAAGAGAAGAGUUCGAUGAGGAGGGAGGAAAGAAGUGAUUUCCUUGGGGCUCUAGCUGUUCUCAUCUUUCUGUGGAGAUGGAGAAUUUGAUGCUCACCAGAGGCUGGCCCAGCAAACCUCCAGGGAGGGAAGAAAGCUAAAGCCUUGUCUUCCUCUUUCCCUCUUUCCUCUUCCCGGGGUGGGGGUGCGGAUUUACCUAGCAGUGGGGAGGGGUGGCUCUAGCUCUCCCCAGGCCCUGCGUGUGAGAGUCACACGCUGGGUCUCCCCAGAGAGAACCUAACGCCCGUUCUCAGGCCGGACCUGCUGGCCUUUAGGUGCUGCGUUGUCCUGAGGCCUGGGCCAUGCCUGCACGCGAGGAAGGGCCCUGAAGCUCGCGUGGAGUUAGACGCAUGCCGAGCAGCCCUGGAGGGGGCGUGGGCCCUGGCCUGUGCCCUGUGGACAGGUGGACGCUUCUGGUCUUCAGCUUUAUCCUGGCAGCAGCUUUGGGUCAAAUGAAUUUCACAGGGUGCCCUCGGCCUGGUGUCUUCUCACUCAACCUCCUCCAAGCAACUCAGCCUUCCAGGAAGCCCUCUCCACAGCUCCCUCUGCCCUCCCUGUGUCUUUCCAGAGACCAGGUUCUUCGAGUCCUGGCUAAAAAUGAGAAGCAGCUUUCAAUUCUCAGGGACCUGGAGGGCCUGAAGCCCCAGAAGGUGGAUUUCUGGCGUAGCCCAGCCAGGCCCAGCCUCCCUGUGGAUAUGAGAGUUGCUUUCUCGGAACUGAAGGACAUCAAAGCUUACCUGGAGUCUCACGGCCUUGCUUACAGCAUCAUGAUAAAGGACAUCCAGGUGCUGCUGGACGAAGAGAGAGAAGCCAUGGCAAAGGCCCGCCGGCUGGAGCGCAGCACCAGUAGCUUCAGCUACUCCUCUUACCACACCCUGGAGGAGAUAUAUAGCUGGAUUGACAACUUCGUAACUGAGUAUUCAGAUAUUGUUUCAAAAAUUCGGAUUGGCCACAGCUUUGAAAAUCGGUCCAUUCUUGUCCUGAAGUUCAGCACUGGAGGCUCUCAGCGCCGGGCCAUCUGGAUUGACACUGGUAUCCACUCCCGGGAGUGGAUCACCCAUGCCACUGGCAUCUGGACCGCCAAGAAGAUUGUCAGUGAAUAUGGCAAAGACCACACCCUGACAAAUAUCCUGAAUGCCAUGGACAUCUUCAUGGAGAUUGUCACCAACCCUGAUGGGUUUGCAUUCACCCACAGCAUGAACCGCCUGUGGCGGAAGAACAAAUCCAGCAGACCUGGAAUCUUUUGCAUUGGCGUGGAUCUGAACAGGAACUGGAAGUCAGGCUUUGGAGGAAAUGGUUCUAAUAACAACCCCUGCUCAGAGACUUACCGCGGGCCCUCCCCUCAGUCGGAGCCAGAGGUGGCUGCCAUUGUGGACUUCAUCACCACCCAUGGGAACAUUAAGGCUCUGAUCUCCAUUCACAGCUACUCUCAGAUGCUCAUGUACCCUUACGGCCACUCACUGGAGCCGGUUCCAAACCAGAAGGAGUUGUACCAUCUUGCCAAGGACGCAGUGCAGGCCUUGUCUGAGGCCCACGGGAUCGAGUACAUUUAUGGCAGCAUCAGCAACACCCUCUAUGUGGCCAGCGGGAUCACUGUGGACUGGGCCUAUGACAGUGGCAUCAAAUACUCAUUCACCUUCGAGCUCCGGGACACGGGGCGCUAUGGCUUCCUGCUGCCGGCCUCCCAGAUCGUCCCCACGGCCCAGGAGACGUGGCUGGCGCUUCGGACCAUCAUGGAGCACACCCUGAAUCACCCCUACUAGCGACACCACUGAGGGCACAGCAGGAGCAUUCAUUCCCUUCCGCGAGGCCUGGGGCUCCUCCUGAAACCCAAGUGAUACAUCGUCCUCCCCACACCCUUACCCUGACCCCUGAGGAAAUAAAUAACAAGUUUGA